AUGGCUGCCAAAUCCACUUCACUCUGCUACUCAAACUCUUCAAUCUCAUCGAGAAUCCAGCUAAACCCACGCGCCGUUAGAUGGGCUUACCCGACGGUGAGAAUGCAGUCACGCGUUCCACGUCUGAUCGAAGAGCAAGGUACGGUGCUCAUUCCCAGAUUGUACGACGGAUUGUCGGAAGCAAUCGUGCAGCAGAUCGGAUUCUCCGCUAUGCUGAUCUCCGACUGCUUAAGAUGGCAACAGCAGCGAGAUACUGGUGGAGGCUAUGCACUAAAUGUUCAAAGAACCGCAAAGGACUUAAUCGCAGCUGGUGCCGCUGGUUGCUUUCUUGAGGUUUUAGCUGUGCCUAUGUUGACUCCUCACUCAUACACAAGGGAAGAUGUAAUUGAGCUUCAAUGUCACGGUAGCAAAGUUUGUCUAUGCACACUCUUGUUUUCUCUUUCGGUUGUUGCUCAUGAUAAUAUCUAUAUCUUCUUGGUUUUAGAUGAUCUCAUCAAGUUGUCAAAGAGUGACACCAAAGGGAACAAGCGCAAAAAGUCAAGGAGAGCCAAGGUAGAGAGAACUUCAUAUAGUGCUGCAAGAGAUAAUAAUACCUCUAAAGAGAAGCAUUAUGUGAACUCACUUUCUGGAGUUAGCCAGGGUGCUGUUGCUAAGAGAGGGUCUAACUUCAAAGGAAAUCAGUUUCCUGUCACAACUCGUGAAGCGGCUACUGUUCCUCCACUCCGUGUUCCUAGAAGAGGUUUCAAUCCUGGAGGGACGAAUAGCGAAAAUCAGUCAAGGUCUAGAUGCUGGAUCAUUCUAUGA